AUAGAUUAUCAUAAUCUGAAAUUGUCCAGUAAAAUAUUUAGUGCGGCGGGGAGACGGCCGAAGGCCGGUCCGUAAUUAGAUUUCAUUUGUUUUAUCUGAAACGUGUUUCAAAUCAAACACGAUGGCUGACAACAGCAACUCUACGUUGGAGAUGGGGACCAGCGACCAGGUCCUGGUCGCAACCAAGCGGAAGAAGACACUAAGUUACCUCAUCGGGUUCGUCGCCAUGGUGGUUGCUAUAGCAGUGGUGGUCACUCUGGUGGUUGUCCUAUCGGGCAACGAAGGAGGCGAGGCUUCGCCCAUUGAAGGUCCCGAUGCCCCCACGACGUACAUACCACCUCCCCCUACGCAAACCACGACCGCCGCUGCGACAACCGAAGGAGACUAUUCAACUUCAGAAGCACCUACAACGGAACUGCCACCUAGUCCAUUAGAGCUACAGGAUAUUAUAGAUGGAUUGUAUUCUCCACCGUCUUUUAAUGCCUCUUGGGCGUCAGGUAUGUUAAUUGAUUAUUUAUAACAUUGAUGACGUAUU